AUGCAACAUGAUGAUGGAGUGUCCAGCAUAUCUGGCUCGGACUCCGACAGUGAUGAAGAUGCAGACACUUCCAGGCUAGGCAGUCAAGCUGCUGCAUCCACAUCCCAGCGCUCAGCAGAAGUCAUCUUUGCGUCAGGUGACCAGGUCUUCAAGGUUUGGAGAGCGCUGUUGCACCCUGAUCAGCGCCAUGGGGAACCAGACAGAGCGCUGCUGGCAGAUAGGCUGCUGGAAGUGAGGCGGGGGAGUGGGCAUUGGGUGGUGCUGCUGUCACGCGGAGGCCAUUUCGCUGCCACCAUCUUCAAUGUCAGUGCACCUCGCCGUUCGGGCAACCACGAGGCGCCCCCUUACGAGGUUGUCGUGCACAAAACGUUCCAUCGCUAUGUUGUGAGGGCAAAAGCAGGUGGGCGGCAGUCGGCAAAGGAUGCCACCGGCAAGAGCAUUAAAUCAGCCGGGUCAGCUCUUCGACGGCACAAUGAGGUAGCGCUUGAGCGAGACAUUCAAGACACCCUGCAGUCAUGGAAGGACAAGCUAAAGGCAGCAGCGCUGAUCUUUGUGCACGCGCCAUCCAGCAAUGCUGCUGCAUUGUUCGGCGGGGAGCAUCCGGCAAUGGACAGGGGAGAUGCGCGGGUCCGCUCUGUGCCCUUCACCACUCGGCGGCCCACCUUCACAGAGACCAAGCGUGUCUUGACGACGCUGCUCUCUGUCCAGGCCGCAGAACUCCCACCAACUCCGUCGGCAGGUGCUUCCGCGACUCCCUCAAAAGCCAAGGCUCCUAAGGAAAUCGCUCGAAAGGAGAAGAGCGCAGGGCCAGCCGUUGUGGAGCCUCCUGUCGCCCCGGCCAUCCCAGACUCGGGCCUGCAUGUGGCCGCCAAGGCAGGCGAUGCUGCCAAGGUGACCCAGCUGCUGGAGGGCGGCGAAGACCCCACAGCCCUGGACGCCAGAGGGAGGCCGCCCUACGCUGUGGCAGCUGACAAGGACGUCCGCGAUGCGUUCCGGCGCUACAUGGCCGGCAGCGAUGCUCAGGACUGGGACUGGGCUGCAGCCGGCGUCCCGAGUGCGCUCACGCCCGAGAUGGAGGCCCAGCAGGCCGCGCGCCAGGCCGAGAAGAAGGCCAAGCUGAGGGAGAGAGAGAAGGAGCGCAAGAAGCGCGCAUCCGAGCGCAAGAGCCGGGCGGCCGAGGAGUCCCGGGCGGCUGCCGAGGCCGAGGUCAGCUCCGCUACAGCCGAGGCAGCCGCCCUUGCUGCAAGGUGCCGCCUCCCUGACUUGUAA